GGAGACGUUUAAAGAUGGCGGCGGCCGGGAGAAGGCGGCUUCGCUGAGCGGGCGGGGAGAAACAGCCGCGGCUGCGGAGGAGAGAAGGCGGCCGCCUUCCCUCGCGCCCGCUUGGGGCUAGGCGGACGCGGAAGAGAGCGCGAGGAGCAGUAGAGACGCGGCGGGCAUGGCCCAGGUUGAAAGAAGUAAAGGAGACCUACGGCAGCUGGCGAAGAGGCUCUUAACUCGGACAUCAGCUAUUUAAGCUGAAUGCAUUGUGAUUUCCAGUAAUUGAGACAGUGAUUCUGAAAGCUGUCCACAUUAAUGAAAAGAACAAUGUAGUCAGCUUAACUGAACCAUCAGUGUUGCCUAUUGAAUAAAGCAUGACAGAUCCUAUCUUGGUGGACUUCUGCAUGUGAGGAACAUAGAUUUCUAUACCCUUUCGUUUAAAACUUUGUGGGUCCCCCCCUCCAUUUGGUAAGUUUUAGUUAUGGAGAAUUACGAAAAUACUCCUCCCCUUCCAAAAGAGCCAGCAACUGAAGUGACUAUGGAGAACCCUUCUUGUCCCCCACCAUUGCCGCCCAACGAACAGCCUCCACCACCUCCCCUGCAAACGUCCAGUGACGCAGAGGUAAUGGACGUUGGCUCUGGCGGUGAUGGACAGUCAGCUACCCCUGCUGGGGACGCCCACGCUGUCAACAGACUACAGCUUCUCACAAAGGGAUCUUCGUGCUACCAAAGUCGUCUUAUCAUAGAUCCUAAUAGUGACCAAAGCCCGAGAACUGCUCGACAUGCACCUUCAGUUAGGAAGUUCACUCCCGAUCUUAAGUUGCUUAAAGAUGUAAAGAUUAGUGUUAAUUUCACAGAGAGCUGCAAAAGUAAAGACAGAAAAGUUCUGUACACUGGAGCUGAGCAAGAUUAUGAGGCGGGUUCAGAGUUAGGUAUUCAUGGUGUCAACGGGGAUGUGCAUGCUUGUCCUCUUGGUGGGAGUAGUAGCGGCCAAGCGGCUCACGCCGCUGGUGAAACCGAUGACAAAAAAGAGGAUGACAAUGAUACAGAUCAGGAAAAGCGAGUGGAAUAUGCGGUUUUGGAUGAUUUAGAAGAUUUUACUGACAAUUUGAUGGAAAUAGAUGAAGAAGGAGGGUUUGCAUCUAAAGCGAUCGUUCAGCAAGACAAAGCGGACGAAGAAACCUUGAACUAUUCUUACGAGGAUGAAUUUGAUAAUGAUGUGGAUGCUCUGCUGGAAGAAGGCCUUUGUGUUCCCAAAAAAAGGAGGAUGGAUGAGAAAUAUGGAGGGGAGAGUGACCAUCAGUCUGAUGGAGAAACGACUGUGCAGCCAAUGAUGACCAAAAUAAAAACCGUUCUUAAAAGUCGUGGUCGCCCUCCUACAGAGCCUUUGCCUGAUGGAUGGAUCAUGACAUUCCACAACUCGGGCAUCCCUGUGUACCUGCACAGAGAAUCUCGGGUGGUCACCUGGUCCAGGCCUUAUUUCUUGGGAACAGGAAGCAUCAGGAAACAUGACCCUCCUCUGAGUAGCAUUCCUUGCUUGCAUUAUAAGAAAAUGAAGGAAAAUGAGGAAAGGGAACAAAACAAUGACAUAACCCCAAACGGGGAGGUUUCGCCUGUAAAGCUCAUGGAGAAAUCCCUGGAACUGGAUUGUCAGACGGAGGAGCCGGACUCCACUGCAGCUGAUUCUGGAAUUUCCGAUGAGAGGGAUCCAUCGGGGGGAGACGCAGCCCAGGGAGCCCUGGGACAGGUGAAGGCCAAAGUUGAAGUGUGCAAAGAUGAGUCAGUAGAUAUUGAAGAUUUCCGGCACUACCUGGAAAAACGUUUUGAUUUUGAGCAAGUGACUGUGAAGAAGUUCAGAACGUGGGCUGAGCGGCGGCAGUUCAACCGUGAGAUGAAGAGGAAGCAGGCGGAAUCUGAGCGGCCUAUUUUGCCAGCCAAUCAGAAACUUAUUACGUUGUCCGUCCAGGACGCGCCCACAAAGAAAGAGUUUGUUAUUAAUCCCAAUGGGAAGUCUGAAGUUUGUAUCCUUCACGAAUAUAUGCAACGAGUCCUAAAAGUUCGACCUGUUUACAAUUUCUUUGAAUGUGAGAACCCAAGCGAGCCUUUCGGAGCAUCAGUUAUUAUUGAUGGAGUGACUUACGGAGCAGGAACUGCCAGCAGCAAGAAACUUGCGAAGAACAAAGCUGCCCGAGCUACUCUGGAGAUCCUCAUCCCUGAUUUUGUUAAGCAGACCUCUGAGGAAAAGCCCAAAGAUAGUGAAGAAUUAGAGUAUUUUAACCAUAUCAGUAUUGAGGACUCACGGGUAUAUGAAUUGACCAGUAAAGCUGGACUCCUGUCUCCAUAUCAGAUCCUUCAUGAGUGCCUUAAAAGAAACCAUGGCAUGGGUGAUACAUCUAUAAAGUUUGAAGUGAUUCCUGGCAAAAAUCAGAAGAGCGAGUACAUUAUGACCUGUGGGAAGCAUACUGUGCGUGGCUGGUGUAAGAAUAAGAGAGUUGGAAAACAGUUGGCUUCCCAGAAAAUCCUUCAGCUGCUUCACCCACAUGUGAAAAACUGGGGUUCUUUAUUGCGCAUGUAUGGCAGAGAGAGCAGUAAGAUGGUUAAGCAGGAAACAUCUGAUAAAAGUGUGAUAGAGCUUCAGCAGUAUGCCAAAAAGAACAAGCCAAAUCUGCACAUUCUGAACAAGCUACAGGAAGAAAUGAGAAAAUUGGCCCAAGAAAGGGAGGAAACACGAAAGAAACCCAAGAUGACAAUUGUAGAGUCUGCUCAGCCUGGCAGUGAGCCUCUCUGUACUGUUGACGUGUAAUCAGAAAGACUAGGAAUUGGAGCAAUAAAACAAGUGGAGAAAGUUAGGGGUUUUGUUUUGUUUUGUUUGUUUGUUUGUUUUUUGGUCAACAAUGUAAGGAAGAAUUGGUUUGCUUCGGAAGACAACCCAACAGUCAAAGCUGCUUCAAACGUGCGUUGCGUUGUUGCAUCGGGGUGACGGCACAAAAUUUUGUAUGUGCUUCUCAAGAUGAUGUUACUCAAGAGGGCAAGAAUCCUCACGGGCAUACAGCAGUCUCGUUCACCAAGGUGGAGCUGAAGCAAACUCCGCAUCCUUUUCAAGAGAAAAUUGUGUUGUCUUCAGUGGGAAUGCUGAAAGAUCACAUUCAGAAUGUUCACGUAAGGCCUGGGACGAAUGUCAAACGCAGGAGCACAGCUGCUCCCGCUCUUACGAACAUGCAGGCGCUUGUUUCCUGAAAGAGUUUCUUAUAUUUCCGCACAGAAUAAUAUGCACCGACAGCACACUUUUGACAGCUAUGUUGGAGGAGAAGGAAGUGUGUGACUUCAUGCCUUAAGGUUAGGCCAGUAGGGUUGCUAGUUAAUGAGUUUUGGCAGGCUUAGAAUUUUUAGCACGAUACACUGAUUAUCAGACAAGAACUGAUAGCAUUCAGCUCUGACAGUUCCAUCUUCUUAAUCAUUUCAUUUGAAACAAACAACAUAGGAAGCUGGGGAUUGUAAGGUAUAUUUCAGUUUCUUUUAGACGAAAACAACGGACUCUGAGAAUCCUGCGUCAUUGCUCUGGAGCUUUUCUUCACGCUAAGUAGGGCUUAUAACCAGGUUUCCCCCACGGUUUAUCAGAGUAACUGUGAAUACAGCAGCAGCGCUCGGCAAGUUGCAUUUUUUUUUUAAUCGUUUCAGUUAAAUUGCAACACUUGGCAUUUUCUCACGACUUGACUGGGAAGUCAGAAAAAUCACUGGAGCCAUUUCAGUUUUUUUUUUUUUUUUAACGCGACUGCCUUUUUGUUUUUGCUUCCUGUUUAGUGCUUGCAGAUUUGGCUCUGGAAACUAUUUGAAUGUAAAUUGAGAUUCAUCAGAGAGGACCCUAAAAAGACCUAAGCAAAUUCUGUGAUUGAAGUAAAGAAUAUGGAUACGUAAAUGUGGUCUACUUAAGACAAACCCUGCUGGUCCAUGGCCAUGGAAUAUUUUUGAGUAGCAAAAACUACUGUGAAAGAAAUCCAUGCAAUUUAAUUUCUCCCCCCCCCCCCCAGUAAGCUUCAACCCUCCUGAAAAACUAAAAGGAUGGAUUGAGGAUCUGGUAUUUCCCCUCUUCCCCCAACGGUCUUGCAUAAGCAACAGACUCCUUGAUGUCCCUUGUUGCUGCAUAUAAAGCAAGCAACGCUAGCAACAAUUUAAUGCUGAUUAACAACACGGCUGCAUUUAGGCUGCGUCUUAAGGGGUGGGUAAUCCAAAAUCCAGGAAACUGCCAGGAACUCAAGAACGAUUUUUUGCUUGGCAUGGUGUGUAUUUGCUCGCUCCAUUUCACGUCACCAGGAAUGACAGUUCAACAUGUCCACGGCUGGUUGCACGCAGUAAUAUUUAAAACCUCUGAAUAAAAUACUGUAUAAUAGCAUUUAUUUUCGCAGGAGGCCGAUCGCUUCAGAGCUCCGGUUGGAGGCUCUGCCAGCAGGAAUCUUGGCUGGAAUAAAGUCCAACGGCUAGAGCACUUGCUUUCACCCCCAGCAACUUGCAAACAAUCUUUCUAGGGCCCUGCGGGUGAAUUUUGGCCCUUUGGAUUUUUUCCCCCGGUAUAUAUUCCCUCAGGUCAUGAUUUACCACAGAAUUAAGCAUGGCGUUAAAUGUAUUGCUUCUGUUCUUUAAAUAGUUCAGCUUCUAAUCUUCACCCUAGUAUUAAGAACACCACAAAUCCAAGUGGAAGUCAGACAUUUCUUUUUUAUACAGAUUUCUUACCGGGGUGGGGGUUGUCGAACAGCACUUUCCCUCAGGGUAAUCUCUCUCUUUCCCCCAAACUCAGAAUGUUUCGCAGGUUCUCUGCAGCCUAUCACAGAUGCCUCCUUCCAGAAGUGUUUUGCCACGUUGAGUAUAUCUUGCUUUAGCCUUACCUGUCGGUACCAGAAUUGAUAAGUGACCACUGCCCUUAAAAACAUCCAGAUGUGUCAUUGUAAACCAAAGGCUAGUACAAGAAGUUAUGCAUCAUUUAAAAAAAAAAAAAAUGCGACCUUUUUGGCAAGACGUUCCAACAAAGUGCAAUAACAGCUGGAACAAACCGCGUACUUACUGUUGUCGCUGUGAAGUAUUUCUUGUCAUUUCUGAUGUUUACUAUGGUUUGAGGUGUAAAGUCUCGCAUUUGCCCCAAAGCACAAGCUGCCACGUCGGAGGAGGAGAGGUCGCAUUCAUUCCAGCGUCUGCAUGAAUACUUGUGCAGUGUGACUCAAGACAUUCAGAACCUUUUCCACAGCCCUUUUAACUUCUUGGGAUUUCAGUUUUAGCAACGCCUAAAAUUAAUUGUUUUCUCCACUCCCCGCUUUCACCCUCAUUAAAUCAGGGCAUUGCUCCGGGUGGGUGUCGCAAUUCUUCACGGCACCAUCCUUCAAAAGUAAGACUUCCUUGCAUUUUAUUCUUUCCUUGAGAAAUGUGAGAAAACUGUCUAAAUGGUAGUACUUGGUCAAGUAAUUUAAUAGUGGAUGCAGGAGAAAAAAAAAGGUCAGAUGCUAUCCUAACUCAGCUAAAAUUUUAAGUCCAAUUACUUGGAUCCUUAACUGCUGGGAACAAUCUCUGCAUGUUCUAACGGUUCUCGUGCAUGCAGAAGCAUUUCAUUCUAGCCCCUUUCCCAUCUCCUCCUAAUCUGCAUUCUUGGUUAUGGUGAAAACUGAAAUAAUUCCCUGUAAUGUCAGUGGGGCGUUCCAAAUUUUAAGCUGGUCUGUCAGUCCUUUGAGCAAUUUGCAGUGAUUAAUUACAGUAUUGUAUUUUGAAAAUGAAUGUGACCAACUCAAUGUUAUUGGGUGCUGUAUGAAUUGUAAGUUGAGUAAUGCAAGUGGUCAGUUGGUUUCCUUAUAAAGUCUCAUCCACUGAGCCUCUGUGUCACGUCUUUUGAGUUACUUAUGUGUUUCCCCCAAAUAUUGGUUUUCAGCAAUAAAGUUUGAAAUCGUGUAAGAGUUGGUGGUUAUCUGAUACUGCUAGACGUAAUUCCUUGGGCUUUUUUUUUAAGUCGCAUCUCCAGGAGAAGCCGUUUUGAAUCAUGCGAUCCAAUUUUCUUCUACCUAGGAUGGUCACGUGAUUGGCAGAACAAAUUUUCUUCCGUCUGUGCAUUUUGUAUGUGAGGGAAGAGAGUUAAAGAGAGGUAUGUUUAGAUGUC